AUGAACACCGCUGUCAUUUCAAAUUUCAUCUACCGCCGAGCAACUAUGGAUGACUACGAUGUAUUCUUCAACAUAAUGCUUGACGCUUACACCAACACUGAACCCAUUGCCAAAGCUCUAAAAGUAACAAAAGACGAAGCAUCUAGCUUCAUUAAUAGUUUUCUUCCUCAUUAUUUACCGCAGGGGUAUUCGCUCAUAAUGGAAUACGAUGGAGAAGUUAUCGGAGCUGCUUUGCUGCAGUGUGUUGACAGACCUAAUCCUAUCUAUUCUUCUGGACCCGAUCCAGAUCUUCCACCAAAGACUUUCCUUAUUGAAACCAUUGCACACAAACUUACGGGAAAUUUUUGGGAUAUGCUGCCCAGCCACUUCACUCGUUGUGUGCACGCUCUCUACCUGGCUGUUAUCCCUUCUUGGCAUUUUCGUGGAGCAGCCUCUGCUCUCACUGCAGCAGCACUUCGCAUGUCACGGGAUGUGGGAGCUGAUGUGGCGUUUGCUGAAUUGCUGAGUAAUCAUUUUUCUGCUGUAAGUAUGAUGGUCCCUAUAGAAUAA